GGGCGCAGUCCCGCACCUCCACGAUGCUAAGGAAGAAAAAGAGCGGCUGAGCCCUUCCCCGCCCCGAGAGGCGACGACGCGCGAAGGAGACGAAGAACGGCAGUCUCAGAGAGGUAAUGCCGGGAGGCAGCGGGAAAGGGCCGAGCGGGGAAAAGAGCCCGAGCCCACGGGAGGGGCCCCGGGCAGUCCGUGCUGAGGGCGGCGGUGCCGUCCCGCUGUGCCGCGAGCUGAGGCGGAGGGAAGAGAGCGGCGGGAGUGAGCGGGGAGCUGUGCUGAGAGUGCGGGAGAGAAGGAGUGUCCUCCUGCGGGAGAAGGGACGGGCAGCGCGGGGACAGCGCGGGGACGGGGCUGGGAUGGCAGCGAGAGCGUUGGAAAGGCAGCAGCCCGGAGCGAGCUGCGGGCGGGCGCUGCACGGACGGAGAGUAAACAACUCUUUCUAGCUGCGUGCAGAGCGGGGGAGGGCGAUGGGGGGUGGAGUUCCGUUCCGCUACAGCCUGUAGUCAGGCUCGCAGCGCGGUGCUUCUGCUCUGCCCCGGCUCGUAGCGGCAGCAGUGCGGGCAGCAGAGCAGGAGGUGCCCGUUCGUCUCAGUGGCGCUGCUGGGGCCGCAGCUCAGUGCUGCGCUCAGCGUUGGCCCCUCACUGCCGGAGAGACACUGUGGCCCUGCAGCGUGUCCAGAGAGGGGAGCGGAGCUGUGGGUGUGCGGAGUCUGCAGCACAGCGCUGUGAGGCUGCAAUACAAAGUGAUUGGGUUUGGUGGGGAAAUAGCGGCGCUACGUGGACGGUCGCGCCGGACGAUGUUGGAGGUCUUUUCCAGCCGUGCUGACUGUGUGACUCAUGAACUGCUCUCUGUCUGGCCAGGCUCCGGAUGCAGUGAGCUGAGACAGAACAGGCGCCGCGUGCUCUGCGUGGCUUUGAGUGCAGUGCCGUGCAUCCUUGUUUCGGCGCUGGUGGCCGUGAUAGUGCUCCAGCGUCCGUCGUGCUCACCUCGCCCACCCUUCUCCCACGUGUGCUCCAACACCUCAAUCGGUUUCCAAGGGAAAUGCUAUUAUUUCUCGGACACGGAGAGUGAUUGGAACAGCAGCAGGGAGCACUGCCACCGCCUCGGAGCUUCCCUGGCUACCAUAGAGACGGAGGAGGAGAUGGAAUUCAUGCUGCGGUACCGGGGCCCAGCAAACUGUUGGAUUGGGCUGCACAGGGCAGAAGGGGCUGAGCACUGGACAUGGGCCGAUGGCAGCACCUUCAGCAACUGGUUUGAGCUGCGAGGCGGAGGCCAAUGUGCGUACCUGAAUGGGGACAGGAUCAGCUCAGCCCUCUGCCACAAUGAGAAGUUCUGGGUGUGCAGCAGAGCUGACAGCUACGUCCUCUGGAAGCAGAAGGCAUUACCAGUUUAAGCUAUCCCAUCAGCACUGAGGUCGUUGCAAGUCUGCUGGGCACUGCAAAGCCAUCGGUAAAUCCUUCCAUCUGCCUCUUUCCAGCACUCCUGCACUUGGUUCUGCAUGGAUCCACACAACUCUGCUGGUCAUUAUCUCUCCGGCACUUCAUCUGUUCCUCUGUGCCUUAAAAGGAGGGUCUUCUGAGGGUCCCUAGAGGUUGCAGCAGCAUGGAAGGAUCCCACGGUGCUGCCCCACUGCGGCCGGACCCGAGGGCGGGGGUAUUCCUGCUCUCCUUUCGGGCUCUGUGUGACACUGCGGUGCCACCACCGUGUCACAUCGCGCUUCCAUCGCUGCCAGCCACUGUCUGACUUUGGCCAUGGUCAGUGAUGUAUGGAAUCAAACUCUUUAACCUGUGUAAGUUUAUGUAGGUUAUAAGGCUGUACUUCAUUGUGAACUGCCGAGCUUUUAAGGGGGGUGUAGCCCAAACCAGCUUGUAUUGCUGUGUUGAGCUGAGGCAUAUCUUUACUGUCCUGUCUCAACAACGGGGAAUCUCUUCUCAGUUCUUGUUGUUUGGCAUCGAGUUUCUGCGGACUUGAGCUGAUGUGUACACAGGGACCUUGUCCUUCUGCUUGUAUCCACUCAAGUUAUGUGAAAAAGGCCGUUCUCAAAAUAUGGAAAA